AUGGAUACCCCUAAAACUCCCUUUAGUGGUAUCAAGAAAGAUGUUCGAGGAAGAUUGCAGUGCUACAAGCAAGAUUGGGUUGGGGCCUUAGGUUCAGGUGCAAGAAUAUUGGCUCCAACAGCAUACAUAUUUUUUGCCUCUGCCCUUCCAGUCAUAGCGUUUGGUGAGCAGCUGAAUAAGGAGACAGAUGAUAUCUUGAGUGCAGUGGAAACUCUCACUUCUACGGCUAUAUGUGGAAUUAUCCACGCAGUAUUGGGUGGACAGCCUCUUUUGAUAUUAGGUGUGGCUGAACCUACGGUUAUCAUGUACAAUUCUUUGUAUCAUUUUGCCAAAGAUCGACCCGAGUUGGGCAAGGAACGAUUUAUAGCUUGGGCUGGAUGGGUAUGCGUAUGGACGUCCUUAAUCCUAUGUGUUCUUGCUAUCCUCAAUGCUUGCACGCUCAUCACAAGAUUCACAAGGAUUGCUGGAGAGCUUUUUGGCAUGUUGAUAUCUGUACUUUUUAUGCAAGAGGCUAUCAAGGGAUUAGUAAGUGAGUUCCACGUACCAAAAGGAGAAAGUGAUACGAAAGAGGAGUACCAGUUUCAUUGGCUAUAUACAAAUGGUUUAUUCGCAAUUAUACUGGCAUUUGGUACCCUCAUGACUUCCAUGAAGACCAGAGGUGCCAGAACCUGGCCUUAUGGUGUUGGGUGGGUACGAAGUCUUGUAGCCGACUAUGGGGUUCCUAUUAUGGUGUUGGCAUGGACCGCAUUAUCUUUUGCAAAGCACAGGGGAGUUCCUCGUGAUGUUCCUAGGCGACUCUUCUGUCCUCUUCCUUGGGAAGCUGUAACGAUAUCCCAUUGGACAACCGUCAAGGAUAUGGGGAAGCUGCCAGUGAUUCACAUUUUCACUGCCAUAAUACCAGCUUUGAUGAUAGCGGCCCUGUACUUUUUCGACCAUAGUGUAGCUUCACAAAUGGCACAACAGAAAGAAUUCAAUCUCAAAAACCCAUCUGCUUACCAUUAUGAUAUAUUGUUGCUUGGAUUCAUGACCAUGAUUUGCGGUCUGGUUGGAGUCCCGCCAUCGAAUGGUGUCCUCCCACAAUCGCCUAUGCACACUAGGAGUCUUGCAACUCUCGAGAGACGGUUGAUGCGGAAGAAGAUGGCUAAGUGUGCAAAGGAAGGCAUCAAGUUGGAGGCAAGCAAAUCAGAAAUCUAUGGAAGGAUGCAUGCUGCCUUCGUUGAUAUGGAUCCUCAUAAAAAAAGUUCUGCAGACAAGGAGCUGGAAGACUUGAAGCAUGUUAUCAUGAAUCGUGAUGAUGGGGGAGACGCCAAGGCAAAAUUUGAUCCUGAUAAGCAUAUUGAGGCUCACAUACCAGUCCGGGUCAAUGAGCAACGGGUAACAAAUUUACUGCAGUCUCUCCUCUUGGGUUGUGCAGUCUUUGCUAUGCCCGCUAUCAGGAAGAUCCCUACCGCUGUAUUAUGGGGAUAUUUUGCCUACAUGUCCAUAGACAGUCUUCCUGGUAACCAAUUCUGGGAAAGAUUUCUGCUCCUUUUCAUCCCUUCUGGCCGGCGUUUCAAAGUCUUCGAAGGGCCUCAUGCUUCAUAUUUGGAGUCAGUGCCGUUUAGAUACAUAGCAUUGUUCACAUUAUUUCAGCUCGCGUAUUUCUUGCUUUGUUAUGGAAUCACAUGGAUACCAGUAGGUGGUAUAUUGUUUCCCCUACCAUUCUUCUUGCUAAUACCCAUAAGAGAGCAUCUUCUUCCCAAAGUGUUCCCCACUCAACAUCUUCAAGAGCUUGAUGCGUCUGCUUAUGAAGAAUUUAUCGGGCACCGUGCUCACAAUAUGAGUCUUUCACGACGGGUGUUUGAGCAUAGUGCAGAAGGAUCUGAUGAAGAUGACAUGGAUAAUUACUUUGAUGUGUCUUCUACGGAGAUAUUAGAUGAGAUGAUCACUCACAGGGGUGAGUUGAAGCGAAGAUCAAGUGUCAAGGACAUGCAGUUUAAUGUCCAACCUCAAAACGGUGAUGCACUUGUCUAGAGUGGUAUGAUCAUCUAUGCAUUUAGAAGACUAUUUGCGAAUCUUGAACCAAAAUAUUUGUAAAGAUAAGUUAGCCUUAUAGAAUUGACGACUAUGGAAAUGAAACGAACAUCAUCCAUGAAGCAGAUUGAGAAAAAACA